CCGCGCCUCACUCGCUAGAUACUGUAGCUCUCACCAUACCCGUGCAUGGAUGUCGAUCGAUCGAUCGAUCACCUCCCCUCCGUGCUCCCUGCUCCCUGCUCCGUCUCCGUCUCUCCCUCGCGGCCAUCCUCCUGCCACUGCCAGUAUAUAACCAUCCCUCCCUGACCCCAUCAGCCAUCUCACACCCAUCAAGAAACACGCUCACCAGCUACAUCUUGGGAGACAGAGACAGGGGUUCCGCGCGCGCGCGAUGGAGGCGCACAUGGAGCGGGCGCUGCGGGAGGGGGUGACGGAGGCGGAGCGGGCGGCGCUGGAGGGCACGGUGCGCGCGCACCACACCUUCCCGGGCCGCGCGCCGGGGGCCACGGCCACCUGCACGUCGCUGGUGGCGCGGCGCGUGGCGGCGCCGCUGCGCGCCGUCUGGCCCAUCGUGCGCAGCUUCGGCAACCCGCAGCGGUACAAGCACUUCGUGCGCACCUGCGCGCUCGCCGCGGGCGACGGCGCCAGCGUCGGCAGCGUCCGCGAGGUCACCGUCGUCUCCGGCCUCCCGGCCUCCACCAGCACGGAGCGGCUCGAGAUCCUCGACGACGACCGCCACAUCCUCAGCUUCAGCGUCCUCGGCGGGGAGCACCGCCUCCGCAACUACCGCUCCGUCACCUCCGUCACCGAGUUCCAGCCCGGGCCCUACUGCGUCGUCCUCGAGUCAUACGUCGUCGACGUGCCCGAGGGGAACACCGAGGACGACACCAGGAUGUUCACCGACACCGUCGUCAAGCUCAACCUCCAGAAGCUCGCAUCCGUCGCCGAGGAGUCCGGCGCGGGGGCGCCUGGGUCUGCCGGAUCGCGGCGGCGGAGCUAGGAAAGAGGCGGGAACUCCCCUGCAACUUCUCGUGGUGUGGUGGCGGCGGCCGGACGGCGCCGCGGUUGUUAGCUGUUACUCUGUUCCGUUCUGUUCUCUUCUUUCCUCCUUCACCCUUUUUUCUCCCUUUUCUGUUUGUCAUUUUCUCUCUUCCUUUUUUUCCGUUGGUGUAGAAAAGCCUUCGUUGGUGUGGCCUGCUUUUGUUGUCUACUAUCAUUUUGGUC